AUGCUGCGCAGUAGGGUUCUAUCGUUUCACAAGACUGUCCGCAGAUCUCGUGUCAUCUCAUCACGCCAUAACCAGGCAUCGCCGGCCUCGGCUCAGUGCCAUCGAAAUGCGUCCACUGCAAGCCGCAGAAUGGGAAGAACGCACCUCCUCACAAACAUCGCUGUUGGCUCUGUAGGUGUCGGGAUUGGUGUCCUACUGGCUUCUAAGCCUUUUCCGUCAGAACAGCGUAUCCAGUAUGCAGACAGAGGCACAAUGUUAAAGGCAGCGCAUGCAAUUGAAGCGGUGCUCGGUGAGGACGGUGUUAGCUACGACGAAGACGACAUUGAGGCCCAUGGCUACUCAGAUUGGUCCACUUCGAACUCCACCGGUCGACCCGUCGCUGUUGUGUACCCCAAGUCAACCGAAGAUGUCUCUAAGAUCGCCCAGAUUUGCAGUCAGCAUGAUACACCAAUAGUACCCUUCGGCGCUGGAUCUUCCGUGGAGGGCAGUUUCUCGUCGCCGUACAGUGGCAUAUGCGUAGACUUUACCAACAUGGACCAAGUCGUCGCGUUCCGGCCGAACGAUAUGGAUGUCACCGUGCAGCCAGGAGUAAACUGGACGACUCUUAACGAGCAGAUCAAGGACGACGGAUUGUUUCUUCCGAUGGACCCAUCGCCGACCGCAACCAUUGGGGGCAUGGUGUCAACCAACUGCAGCGGUACAAAUGCAUUUCGCUACGGUACGAUGAAGGACUGGGUUGUCAAUCUGACGGUGGUUCUCGCAAAUGGCCAGAUUAUCAAGACCAGGCACCGGCCCAGGAAAACCUCUGCCGGAUACAACCUGACUUCACUGUUUGUAGGAGCUGAAGGAACCCUAGGACUUGUCACCGAGGUUACCGUCAAACUCGCGGUUAUUCCACAGGAUACGAGCGUUGCAGUGGUCUCUUUCCCGACGAUCAAGGAUGCUGCUGGAGCCGCUACCAGUCUGAUACGGUCAGGGCUUCAGCUUGCGGCACUGGAGCUCAUGGAUGAUGUUCAAAUGGCUGUCCUCAAUAAGCAUGGCAGCGCUGCAGUACGGUCGCGCACGUGGGACGAACGUCCGACCUUGUUUCUUAAAUUCUCGGGCACAACAGCAAGUAUCAACAAUGACAUCUCAAACGUAGAGACUAUCGUACAGCCAUAUCAACCCGGGCGUUUCGUCUUCGCAAAGAAUAAGAAGGAUGAGGUCGAUCUUUGGGCCGGUAGAAAGGAAGCUUUGUGGACGAUGACCUCCAUCAAACCAGAAGGCUACAACAUAUGGUCCACGGAUGUCGCGGUUCCCAUCUCUCGACUCGCCGAAAUCAUCGAUUCCUCGAAGGAGGCAGCUGCAAAGCUCGGUCUGUUCGCCAGUAUCAUGGGUCAUGUCGGUGAUGGCAACUUCCACCAAGCUGCCAUGUAUGAUCCAAAGGAUAAAUCGCAGACAGAGGCCGUCACAGCAUGUGUACAUGAUAUGAUGGACCGGGCAAUACAGAUGGAAGGAACUGUCUCGGGGGAACAUGCGAUUGGUAUUGGAAAGAAGGGGUGUCUAGUGGAUGAGCUUGGCCCUGACACUAUUCAGAUCAUGAAGAAUUUGAAGAGCGCGGUGGAUCCAAAAUGGCUUAUGAACCCUGGCAAGGUAUUCGAACUACCUCAGGGUGCAAAGGCGGUAGCCGCUCCUUGA